CAUACCACCACCUGAUCUCAACCGACAUCUCAAACCAACAUGUCAUCCACCCCCCUCCCAGCGGUGCCACACCCGCCCGUCUUCCACACGGCAUUCCUCGACGACCGCCGCCGGCCCGAACCGACCCUCUCCAAGGCGCAAACCGAAGACGCGCCCAAGAAGACCCGCCCCUUAGCCGCCUCCCCGAUGCCGGCCGAGUUCUACUCGCAGUACCAGUGCCCCGUCUGCCACAAAGCCAUCGCCGAGAAGCACGGCGCCGACUUCAUCGGCCACACCCCCUGCCUUCACCGGGGGCCCUGCCCCCGAUCUAGCUGCAUCCGCGCCUACUACGGCACCGGCGGCAAGUGGGCUACGCCCUACGAGGGGACCAAACCGCUGUUUUGUCAGGCGGCUGGUUGUGGGCGGCGGAUCGAUGGCUGGUGCUUUGCGAAGGCUGUCAUGACGCCGUCGGGGGGUGCCGUGCUGCCUAUGUCGGUGGUGGAUCCGGCGCUGCAGAAGGCGUUUGAGAAGGCCAAGGCGAAGAGGGAUAAGGAGGAGAAGAGGGAGAAGAGGGAGAAUGAGAAGACUGAGAAGAGGAAGAGGGCCGAGGGCGAGGGCUGUUGUGGAUUGCCGGACGUGUCUCCGAGCAGGGUGCUGGAUUGUUGCUUCUACGUCGGCACGAGGGGGUCUCAGGAAGACACCCUACGCUAA